AUGACCAUCGAAUCCGAUCAGGAAGCCCUGUCCGCCAAUGACGUCUUCCCGGGGCUAGAAUCAUCCGUCGACUCGCCGGCCUCAUCGCCGACCCCCGCAACGCCCCAGUCCGAAUGCCUCGCACCCCGGAGCAUCGUCGCGAUUGAUACGCCUUUCGUGGCACCUCCGGCAUCAGAAAGACACGGGGAAGAAGCAGAAGAAGGAGGACUGAACAUCUCCUUCGACUCGUACAUUGCCGUCGGAGUUUUGCGCAAGCGCAACCUGGUCUAUGGAGGAGUUGAGGAGUUAGCGGCCACGACGACGGAGGGUGCAGCGGUCGCAGGGGAAGCAGACGGAUACCCGGCUUCCCAGGUCGCUAACUUGGAGAGUCACCAGUGGAUCCGGACGAUCAGUUUCACAUAUCAGGAAGAACAUUCGUCGUGGUGCGGGGUGCGGGUCUAUGUGCUGCCGGACGACGUGGGGCGCAAGUUCCUCCCCCGCUCCAAUAUGGCGUUGCGUCGCGCGCUGAAGGUGGUCAUGGAGAGGAUUGAUCGCUCGGUCGAGACGUGGAUGGGCCAGUUCAACGUGGAUUGGAAUACCUGGGGCCCAUCAGCCCGGAAGGGUUCUUUGCAGCACGGGAAGAUGGAAGAAGGAGGUGAAGACGACGAGGAGUCGCUUUGGUACAUUUUCAACACACUGCAGGAUCCCGCACCUCGUGCGGAUGCAGUCAGGAAUAACCUGUACGCCAGGAGGGCGAUGGAGCAGCUACUUGCGGUGCCGGCGUCGGCGUUGGCGUUGGCUGGUACAGAACACGAGGAAGCGGGGGGUCCCGGACAGGAGUAUUCGGGGGUCCUGGGGCUCAAGACGCCGUUGUAUCCCUACCAGCGUCGUUCGGCUGCCAUGAUGGUGCAGCGCGAAGCUCAGCCAGCGCAGAUGCUGGAUCCUCGCCUUGAGGUCCGCAGAAGUCCCACGGGUGAGGAGUAUUACUAUGACAAGGAGGAGGGACGGAUUGUGCGCGAGAAACGGAUGUAUUCAGAGGCUUGUGGAGGAAUCCUGGCGGAAACCAUGGGUUGUGGCAAGACCUUGAUAAGUCUUGCUGUGAUCUUGGCAACGCGCGGACAUUUUCCAGAGAUUCCUUUGGAAUACCAGGAACUAGUCCCCCCAGUCCGGAAGACAACCGGAAGUCUGGUCGAGAUGGCCGCCGCCGUUGCAGGCCGGUUUUCGCUGCCGUGGAAAACCCAUUUUGACGAGCUCAGCCAUUACGGCACCGUAUACCACAGGUGUAUCCAAGCAUGUGAGAGGAAUAGUGGCUCAUAUACUAUACCUCCCCCUCCAGCUAGGCAUGGAGGGCGCAGCGGUGUACCUUAUCCACGGCCGCCCCCUCAAAAGCUUCGUCUCUCUUCUGGCACCUUGAUCAUUGCCCCACCGAACCUGGUCAACCACUGGGAAAAGGAGAUCGAAACCCAUACUCAAGGCCUCAAGGUACUUACCUUACGGAACAACAGUGACCAGCUUCCCGCGCCCGAUGAGCUGUUGCAAUAUGACAUCAUCUUAUUCUCGAAGGUGCGCUUUGAGAAGGAGGCUGGUGAAGCGGCCCAUCUGACUCGGCAUCUUCCUGAAUCUCAGACGUCUCCCUUGACCAAGAUUCACUGGCUACGAAUCAUCGUCGACGAGGGCCACAACGCUGCGGGUAGUGGUCAUCGGUCGAACAUGAACCACAUACUCAAGCAGCUACGUAUUGAGCGGCGAUGGGUUGUGUCUGGAACCCCAUCAAGUGGGCUGUAUGGAGUGGAGGUCAGCCUGGCUUCACAGGAGACCCAUACCAGCGAUACUGACUUGACCGAGGCCACAACAGCUGUGCUGAAAGGUCGGAAGAAGACCGGCAAAGCCUGGGACACCGAGCUCAAGGACAUGGAGAAGUUGCGUCGGAUCGUGAUCGACUUUCUUGAGCUGAAGCCCUGGUCGAAUUCUCGGAAUCGAACAGACGACGAGGCCAGCUGGGUGACCUACAUGACCCCGGUGGGCCCUGGGGACAAACGACGAAAAGCCCCUUCGCUCCGAGCGACCCUGCAGAGCCUCGUUGUCCGUCACCGGUUGGAUGUCAUCCACAAGGAAAUCACUCUCCCGAGGCUUCACAACCGUGUCGUGCACUUGGAGCCGACGUUCUAUGACAAGAUGAGUCUAAAUUACUUUCUGUUCAUCUUGGCCGUCAACGCAAUCACGUCGGAACGGAAGGACCAAGAUUACAUGUUCCACCCUCGCAAUCGGAAGCACCUGGGCCAAGUUAUCAGCAAUCUUCGCCAGGCGGGGUUCUGGUGGGCUGGGUCAGAUGGGGGCCUCUCGAGUACGAUCGACAAUGCUUUGAAGUACCUGGAAAAGAACCGUGACAAGAUGACCUCAGACGAUCUUGAGAUGUUACAAGAAGGCAUUCGCAUUGCAGAACAGGCUCAGGCUUGUAGCAGCUGGCAGGCAUUCAAGCAUAUGCACGAACUCGGGGUCUUCGUCGAGCAUUUCCCUUCUCAUGCUCGAAGCAUGUGGGCUCUUGAUAGUGCAAGCACCGAGGACGAGCCUCUACUGAUUGGCAUCACGCAAGCGCAUCACGCGCAGCGGUUCGUCACCAAACAAUUGAACUCGGCUGACCCGGCCGACGGGCUUGCUGGGGCAGGUAUCAGAGUGCGUCGUGAACUCAGACUGGCCGGUAACGAGGGCGAUACCGCCGAGACGAGGAAGACCACACCGGACAAACCUGUCAAGAGCAAAUCCCCGAAGAAGACUUACAAGAAGGGACUGGUGAAGAGUUUGCCGCCGGACUCCCCACUCGCGCAAACAAAGCUUGUCGCCACCGCCUCAGCCAAGCUGACAUACCUUCUGGACCAGAUCUCCGAGUACCAUGAGACGGAGAAGAUCAUUGUGUUUUACGAGAAUCCUAACACAGCAUACUGGAUUGCAGAGGGAAUCGAGCUGCUCGGAAUUGAUUUUCGGAUCUACGCACAGACGCUCCGACCCGACACCCGAGCCGAGUAUUUGACCUUGUUUCGCGAAUCUGAUGAGGUGCGCGUCCUGCUCAUGGACCUCCGGCAGGCCUCGCAUGGGCUGCAUAUCGCCCACGCCUCGCGCGUCUACAUCGUCAAUCCCAUCUGGCAGCCCAACGUUGAGAGUCAGGCGAUCAAGCGCGCGCACCGCAUCGGACAGACACGCCCUGUCUUCGUCGAGACCCUCGUCCUGAAGGACACGCUUGAGGAUAAGAUGCUGCGACGGCGAAAAGCCAUGAGUGACAGCGAGAUCCAGCAUGCCGAGCGCGACCUGCUGGACGAUAGCACCAUGAGCUCAAUCAUCCAGAAUGAGCGCUUCAUCCCCAUGGCAGACUCCGAGCCAUCCAGCACGCGGCUGGCGUACCUCAAGCACCCUGCAGGAUUCUUUGACCGACAUAAGCUCGCGAUCGCCGAUGAUGAGGACCUCGCGAGCGUGGAGAUGGCGGGGGCGGGGUCUUCGGCUCCGCAAACACCGCCGGCACUGCCGCGGAGGAAGCGCGCGCGUCUCGUGCCGGUGCGCCUCAGCGAGAGUAAUUCCUCCGGGCCGGACAUCGUCACGCCCAAACGGCGGCGGACCUCGGCGCCUAGCUUGGGGUUUGUGUCGGCACAGGGAAUCCUCAUGACGCCCCCGCGCAGUUCCAAGUCGCCGAGACCUAUGGCACAGGCGGGGGAAUCAUCGAGUAGUCGCGGGAGUCCAAGUCUGCCAGUGAUCGGAAGAUAG